UUUUGCCAACGUGGUGCAAUCCUGCGGGUGUAUUUAGACGAUGCGCAGAGAUUUUCCAGCAGACAAACAGUGUGGUAGAGUUGCAGACACAACUAGUGAGCGGCAGAUUUACAAAUUACUGUUACAGAAAAUGGAGCCUUCGACACUUCCGCGCAUACAAAUCAGGGCUAACUAUGACGAAGAAACCAUAGUCGUCUAUCAGGCCUACAAACCAGCUAUAGGCGAAGCGGCACUGGCAGCGGGUCAUUUUGUGGAACCUUUCUCGCUAAACCGUAUGACCUGGAUUAAACCCUCGUUCUUGUGGAUGAUGGAGCGCUGUGGUUGGGGAGAGAAAAAGGACCAGGAGGUGGUUCUAGGAAUUCGCAUCACACGGGCAGGCUGGGAGGAAGCGUUAUCGAACAGCGUUCUCUCUCACCCAAGAGAAGGGGAAUAUAGAGACCACAAUAAAUGGCUAGAGGCUAAGAAGAAGGCGACAGCUAUAGUGCAGUGGGAUCCGGAGCGUGACAUUUUCGGAAAUAAGCUCUCUUGGAGGUCCAUACAAGUGGGUAUUAGUAAGGACAUAAUCAGCUCGUAUGCUAAAGACUGGAUCAGGGAAAUUACUAAAUUUACUGUGCGUCCCCUUAUCAAAGACAUCAGGGCUUUAAUAAAGGCGGGGAAACUUACCGAAGCGCACGAACUAUUACCCAAGGAGAGAGAGUACCCGGUAAGCGAGGCCUUGGCAAAACGCCUGGCCAUUUCUAGGGAGUGAUGCCUUUUGUGACGUUUUGUUGUGCUGUGAUUGAGCAUAAUAUAUUUUUUUAAAAAUAUGU